GCCGAGGAAUUGGAAAAUGUUCGUUCCCAUUUCAUGGAGAAAGAAAAAGAACUAGCAAUAGCAGUUGCAAGAGUUGAAAGUCUCACUCGGCAACUGGAUAAACAAAGAAAGGGAUGGUCUCAGGCAACUCCAAGUCGACAGAAAACGCACCAAGAGCUGGAACUAGAACGACUUCGAAAGGAAUUGAUGGUAAAUGCAUAUCACGUAAUUGCUGUGCACCAUUGUGACGCAAGUGUGCUCUGUUAUUACUAGAUAAAUUGCAAAACACUUGUUUUUCCUUCCUCGAUAUUUCCUUCCACCUCUGCUAAAGAGUAUUCCGUAAACUGAUGACGGAAGUUUUACAAAGAACGGUCUCCAUAUUGGUGAAAUGUCAAUCGUCAAAUGGGUGGCCGUAAACGAUGACGUCAAAUAAUUAUGUCAUCACUUGGUUACAGUCCCCUUUCUAUCAAUCUAUAUGCUAGUGCUCCGUCGCUUAAUCGGAUGGAGGCAGCCUUUCGUUUUUAAGACAAUGAUCUUAUUUUGAAUGAUAAUAACACAAUACUAUUGAGGUCGCGUUUUUUUCUGCGUUUUUCUAAGUUUGCUUGAUUUCCCUUUGAUUCCUCAAUUGGUUCUUUGUGUUAUUUCCCUCUCUUCUGAUUGGCUGUUGUGACUGCUUUUACUUUUGGUUUACGGUACUUAAUUGAACCUAAUAGUAGCUUUUCCUUCUUAUUUAGACUCGGAACGAAUUGAAUCAUCAGCAAAGCGUACAGAUACAAUCUCAAAAACAGCUCCUCGCGGAAAAACACAAAGAACUGUUUGAACUUGAAUCCCAAAUUGACAGGCACUCCAAUAAUUUACGGCAUAAAAGAUCACAGGGUAACCACAUCGCUGCUUCGAACCAUCACGUCGUGAAUGGGGUCACUUCAUCCACAGACGAACCAGACUUUUUGGAGAUGGACUACAGUAGUUUAAGGACCUUCUCGAAACGACAGCAUAAAACGAACAACGCCGAGCCUAAAAGCGGAACCGGAAAUUCUGCUACUACAUCCGGUUCCUUUCGCAGGCGCGGUCGCAACGGCAGAAAAUUAGAAACGUUGCUUGAAGUAGAAGAGGAAGUUUCUGACGGUCACGCAAGUAAUAAAUCGUCGACGGAAGACCUAACGCAGGGACCAGGUCCACCGAGAGCGUCACGCGUGACAGAGUUGAAAUCACGUUUUGAAGCAGAAGGCGUGACGUCUGCAAAGAUGGUAAAUCGGUCUCCUAGUCCUGCUCGUCGCGUGGACCCCGAAGGAGUUGAAACACCUCCAAAAAUGGCUGGUGUCGACGGUUUGCAUUCAGUUAGUGAAAAUCGAUAUUACAAUGGAAGUGAUUUAUUUGACUAUUCUUCUUUGAAGUCAAGACCUUCUCGUGUAAACGAGGAGGAACAGAUCUCCACUUCAAAAGAGGAGGCCCUUGAAGUUUCACCUUCGUCAGAAGCAAAACCUGAACCAGCACACAAUGGCACGGAGUGUUCGAGUCCUAGCGAUGGAGAAGAUUUUUCUGGACACAGUUCUCCUUUGUCGGUUGCGUCUUCGUCCUCUUCGUCAUCGAAUUCGUCUACUUCCAAAGCUGCAGUCUUUGCAAUUACGGGCGUUGUGAAGAAGACGGGGAACUUUGCGCCCCAAUCAGAGAAGCUGCAGUCCCAGUACUCAGAAUCAUUUUCGCCUCAACGCGUACCCCAAGGGCUUUCGUAUUCAAACAAGUUUGAAAAUUCUAGAGCUCAGCCAGAGCAGCCAGUUGGUGAUGUUUUAACGCCUAAGAGUUUCGAUGGAGAUUUUCCAUUGCAAGCUCGCCUGGUUAAAUCAGAAGGGUUUUCAACAAAAAAUGAAAAUAUUGGCACCUCAGCACAACCGACGGUGCUUGAUUUUUCAAGAUCAAGAAUGAAACCCCAACAACCAAUACAUGAAAGUGUUCAGAAUAACCAAAUGAACGGUAGGAAAGUCGAACAAAAGUUUUCCAGUCCACCUGAAGUAAAAUCUUUAGCGACCAAACUUGAACAAUUCAAUGCAAGGAGUGCAAAACCAGCUACGGGUGCACAAAUUGGAAGCGAUAGAGGAAACGUUUCCAAACGGACUGAGCUGAAAUCUACGGAUUCUUCGGUUAAAUCUGGAAAGAUGCAGUUGUCACGGCUUCGGUAUUCGACGGGCACUUCAGUAAACAGCGCUCUGCCGCAACAAAUUGUGAUGGAAAACAGCGAAUCAGAAAAAAACGUGAAGGAUCUAUCGUCAAAACGAAACAAGGAAACAGCCUUGAUGGAUGCUUCAGGGGCAAAUAGCUUGGAAAAUUCAUCGCAUGCUUCGCUGCAACGGUUAUCACAAAACUCUAUCCAAACAAAUGGCCAUGCUGAGAAAGAAGAUUCGGUGGCGUCAAUUAACGAUUUUGGACGCUCAAGCGAAAAGGAAAGAUCUGAAAAAACUUCAAACCGAAACGAUGAAACUGAUAGCUCAAGAAUGUUCUAUGAAAAACAAAAUAAUGAUAUCUUGCCUGUGGAUGAUGCGCAAACCCCGCCAUUAGUAUUUCGACCAAUAUCUUACCGCGCGAAGAAGUCAGCUGGUUUGCAAAGUAGCGUCAGUACAUCUGCCGAUCGAUCCGAACUCGGUUCAGCGAUUUCUAAUUCGGUAUCCAUUCGUGGCAACUCGUCUUCGCUUACGAAGAUAACGGUAACGCCGUCUGCUUCGUAUUAUAAUGCGAGAGAUUCGAACAUCCCCGAGCAACGUUCGCCUGUUCCGACGAGUAAACGAUCUAGGUUUAUGUUUCACAGCGUGACUCCUACUUCAUCCGAGGGUGACACUUUACUCGGUGGCACUUUUAACGAGCAAGAACGCAAGGAAUUCGGAGACAAUGGAAAUUUAGACAAGGAAACUGGACUCACAAAUACACAGAUUGAUAACAAGACACCAGGAAACACAGAUGUUCGCCUAAAUUCCAAACAAGUUGUUUCGUCAUUCAAUAUACAGCUAUCGAGUCGGAGUCAAAAAGCGAAAGAAGGACUGGAAGAAAUUUCUUCGCCUGAGAAAAUUAGUAAAUCAGAUCAAGGGAAAGAAAAUAAUAAAUCUUCGGAACUUGUCUCGUUAAGAAGGAAAAUCUUCGAAGGUAAAGAGCUUAUUGUCGAAAGUGGUCGACCCAGUUCCAAAAAUGAACGAACUAACUCCGAAAGAGACCGAGUACCUCCCGAAAUCGGGCCAUUUUAUCACGAAAAUGGUAAUUUAAAACCCGAAAGUGGUCGACUUAGCUUCGGAGUUGGUAGACCAGAUGCCGAAAGUCUUCGAUUAAGUCAGAAAGGAGAAAGUGAGGAAACGAAUGAAAACACACCAAUAGAUUUAUCUUCCGAACUUUCAAUUUCUCCGAAUGCAAAUCUUCCCGAUGUUACAAGAGUUGGUUUUCAGAAAAGCCAACUUGAACAAGCACGUUUGUCUAAAACCACGUUAUCUUCUUCAGAUGAUGGGAUCCAUGGGUUCAAAGCCGAACUGAGGCCAAAGGAUUCACAUGAUAAAAAUGACACUCUUUCAGGAACCAAUCAAGGUUUAAGACACCUGGAAACAAAGGACACGGUAACAGUUCAAGAUUUCCCAGUUGAUAUCAAUAAUAUUAACACAGUGACACCCUUAUCUGUAAACGGAGAUAUAGGACUUAAUAGUCAGUCGAAUAAUUCCUUAUCAGAACUCGCCCAAGAUAAGCGGAAUAUCGAUGAAACUUCAAAUUUCGCGCUAUUGAAUAGAGAUGUACAUAAAAAUUCUCCAGAAAACGUAUCCAGCGGUUUUACUGAAAGUGCCGCUACGUCUGCGCAGAAGAUUUCUAAAAAGAAGAAGCCGAGGCGCGUCAGCCUUGACCCUUAUGCUGUAUUACUGGACGCUGCAGUUGAGGGAGAACUGGAUCUAGUAAAGCUAGUCGUUCGUGAGGUACUGUUUUGAAAUAUCUCAUCUCGAUUCUUUCUUUCUCUUUCUUUCUUUCUUUUUUCAAUCUUUCUCUCUUUAUUUUUUCCUUCUUUACUAUUUUUUUCUUUCUUCCGUUUUAUUUCCCUUUUUUUCCUUUCUCUCUUUUUCCCUUUCUUUCUAACCUUCGUUCUUUUUAUUUUUCCCUCUACCUUUCUUUCUUUCCUUCGUCUAACAUGAGUUGCUUUAGGCUGCCUUUAACUAUUAGAAGUGAUUCACAUGAAAGUUCUCUCUACAAUUUCCAUACAUUGUCCUAUAAACAAGUAAGGAGAAUAGACAAAAUCAUCACCCAUGGGGUUUUAUCUUGUCAGUUAUAACAUGGUAUUCUCUCAAAAAAUAUACUUGGAAAUGUACAGAAAGUAGAAGGGAGAAUUUGAAAUCGAAAAUGUGAGGUUUUGAGGUUAGGAAACUGACUGGCUUCAUUUUCAUGUUUCUUAGGUGGAUGAUCCCAGUGAACCGAACAAUGAUGGCAUCACAGCCCUUCACAAUGCUGUUUGCGCAAGUCACGAUGAAGUGGUUAAAUUUCUCGUGGAAUUCGGUGUGGAUAUCAACUCACCAGACUCGCAUGGAUGGUAUGAAGAUGUUAAGUUUACCCUUAAAUUUCAACUUAUGGUUAAGUUAUAUCGCCGUUGAUGACAUGGAAUAGAACGCAAGUCUCGUGGCCUUGGUGAAAAAGGCGCUGUGAGAGUGAAACCGUAGUUUUAUUGAGUAAGAACCAAAGUGAUCACAGCAGCCAGUCAUAGCAGAUAAGGACCUUCCGAGUGGCCAACAAGAGCUCAAAGUUAAAAAAAAAAAAAAAGAAAAAAAAAGAAAACAGGCAAAUAAAGUGUCUGAAGCGCGGGAAGGUCUAAUGUUCAAAUCUCUUAGUUCAAAUCCUCUCUUUGAAUCACGUUCGUGAAAGAUUUUUACUUUUUCUUGAAAAUAUUUUACUUAUGGUCCUCUUCUUUUCCCUUUGCACAGGACUCCACUUCACUGUGCAGCUGCAAACAACGCCACAGAAAUGGCUCGCUUCCUAAUUGAACAUGGCGCGUGUAUUUUUGCUGCUACUUCACUAGAGAAGAAAACUCCCAUGCAGUGUUGUGAACGGGGUGUACCCGAUUACUUUAGCUGUAUGAAAUAUCUGAAUGGUGAGUCAUUCUCGUAUUUUGGAAUGUUUAUUAUUAUUAUUAUCAUCAUUUUUUUUUUUGGUUCGUUGUUUCAUUAUUUGUUUUUGGACGGAAUGCUUUAAUAAUUAGAAUCAUGGAAAAGAGUUGAGUCCUCGUCGUCGAAAUCGUGAUCAGAGUUUCUCAGAGGGCGUAAAACUGUCAUUUAUCCUCCUCCUUUUUACUUGUGUUUAUGAGAAGGCGCUAGAACUAGUUCCGCGAGAUUUGUGCAACUUUCUUAGCAAUAUCCAAAUAAGACUUUUUUUUUCAGAUUGUUAUCGAAAGUACACGUAGUUUGGGGACUGCUGUAGCUGUGUUUGACUAAGAUUUAUAAUUGGUUCAGAAAACUCGUGCUGCACUCUCGACCGACAAGUUAAAAAACUGAAAUCAAUCACAACUUAUUUGGUUUGUUCUCGAUUUCCCGUGUGUGAGGCAGUUAAAAGCUCUCUCCUCCAAGGUCUUACUGAUUUCCUGUGAUAUUUCCCUUUAUUCCGAUUACUUUGGGUAUGGUGUUACGACACUUAAUAAGAACGAGUUAUUGACUCCGGAUUAUCGGAUUACUUUUUCGGAUUCUCAUCGUUGAUCGCCUUUUUUCACGGAUUUUGUCCACCGAUGUCGAAGAGAUCGACAUUUUUCUCCCAGUAAAAAAUAAGAUUCUUUUCUACCCAUCACGGAAUAAAUGACGAGUGGCAUGAACGCGUGUAGACCUAUACCAAAACUGAUUAGAAUGGUUUCUAUUAACACUGUCUUUUUCUCUCCUCAUUCAGAUGUUCAGGAAAACUUCGGACUCGUUAACGACGGUCGGGUUUACGCACUCUACACCUACACAGCUGAAAAGGACGACGAGUUGAGCUUCGAAUGCGGCGAAGAAUUACUGGUACUGACGCGGGGAGAUGAGACCGAGAAGGAAUGGUGGUGGGCCCGGAACAACCGCGAGGAGACUGGGUACAUACCGAGAAAUUUACUUGGGGUAGGUGAUAAUACCUUAUGUGAGCUUCUUUCUAUGGAAGGGCGGUGA